AUUUGUAAUAUAAAUGUAAAACAAUAAAAAAGUAAAUUUGUUACUUUUGUAUCUUUUUUAAACUGCUGCACUGUUUAAUUAUAAAUCUGAAAAUAACGUUUAUUUGUUAAAAUGCCACUUUCUUCUAUGUUCUUAUAAACGAAAUCAUUCAAUGGCUAGUGACAGCGACAAAAGUUUGAGUAAUCACAACUUGGAUGGCUCCCUAAAAAGCAAUAAGAAACAAAAUAGCAGUGGAAAUAUCGGUGACAGUGGAGACAAAAAUAUUCUUGGCCAACAGCAGUCUCUUGUCAAGGUUGGACGGCAUUUGUCACUACCAUUUGAUUCUGCAGCUACUAAUGGUGACAUAACCAAAAAACAAAAUGGUUCGGCUGUACGCACGAACAGCCUCGGCUCGGGUGCGCGAACUCCGCCUGCGGAGCGAACAAAGUCCAAAUUCUCAGCCUUUGGUAGACUUUUCAAACCAUGGAAAUGGAAACGGAAAAAGAAGUCUGAGAAAUUUGAAGAAGCUUCUAGAAAAUUAGAAAGGAAGAUAUCCGUCCGAGCAAAUAGAGAUGAGUUAGUUCAAAAAGGAAUCCUUCUCCCUGAUAGUCCAGUGACCCCUGUUCCCGAAGACAAUGAGGACGUGUCCCCGACGUAUGGGGAGGAGACGCGGAGUGAACGCGACAUGGGCAUGGACCGUAUGGGCAUGCACGCGGCGUUACAUGCACAGCUCGCGUCUCAGCUUGCUUCGCAGCUAGCGCAGCAACAGCAAGCAGCACUAGCAGCUGCCGUUGCUGCCGCCGCCGCUGCCCACCACCACCACCACCACCAGAACAACAACGUUAUAGAACCAAAGAAAGAUAAACUGGAGAAUGGUGGGGAGAUGGUGAGGCCAGAGAGGCCGAAUUCAUUGACCGCGGGCAAACUCCCAAGACGGAUAUGCUAUCAAGGAGACGUAGGUGGUUACACCGUGGGGGGCGAGAGAGAUGUGAGCGCGGAGGAGCAGCUGAUGCUGUCAGAUCUGCCCGAACCGCCCAUCGCCGUCUCAGACAUUGGACCCAUUCCACCACCGCCGAUGUUCAGCUCGCCGAGCCCAACGCGCCACCACGCGCACACAAUCAUCAAUACUCACUCUGAUUCCGAAGAUGAGGACUCUGGAGAUGACGAGGAGGUGGAGGCAAGCGCGGCGGACACGUCCCGGGUGGAGGAAAUCCCUCCGAAGGAGCCGUCGUUCAACGCGGUGCCUCUCAAGUCAGCUCUCAAGAAGCGGCCGGCGCCCAGUGCCUCACCUGCCGCCACUCCUCUCGCGCCACGCCAGGAUCACCACCACGCCAGUUUUAAGCGGCCGCCGCCAAAGCCGAGGAUCCGCAUAUGCAGUAGACCGGUGCGCGUCGGUAACGCGCUGGAAAACAAGGAGAACGCGCGGCCUUGGGAGGGCGCGGGCGAGUUUCGCGACGACUACGCGAGCGAGUCAGAGCGCGUCGCCGCCAAGCUCGCGCGUAAGGAGAGUCUGAACAUUAAGCUUGCGCUACGCCCCGAUCGUCAGGAGCUCAUUAACAGGAACAUCCUGGUGGUGCAGAGCGACCACGAGCGCCAGGAGUCGUGGGAGGCGAUCGGUGCGCGGCUCAUCCGACGCCUGUCUAUGCGGCCAACUGCUGAAGAGCUGGUCGAAAGGAAUAUUCUUAAAAGCCAGUCCCCGGCGGAAGAGAAGAAACAAAAAGAGGAAAAGAAACGGUACCUACUACGCAAACUUAGUUUUCGGCCCACGGUCGAUGAACUUAAGGAAAAGAAAAUUAUCAGAUUCAGCGACUACAUUGAAGUCACACAGGCUCACGACUACGACCGUCGCGCAGACAAGCCAUGGACGAGGCUGACACCUCGCGACAAAGCUGCCAUCCGACGCGAGCUCAACGAAUUCAAGAGCUCCGAGAUGGCGGUUCACGAAGACAGCAAGCACCUCACUAGGUUCCAUAGACCAUGACGGCUGUGCCUUAGCCCUGGAGAGGAGAGCGCGCGGUGCCGUGGCUGAAGAGCGGCGGCCCCCGCGCCGUCACCUGUGAUUUUUAAUGUAUUUAUAUUGACUUCUUCCGGCCCUCGGAAGAUUUGUACGCAAUAACUUACCAGAACGCAGCGGUAAAGUGUUGAUUAUUCUAAACUCAUGUUUAACUGCCGUUUCGGAGUUACGAUUUGUGAACGCGAACCGUGUGUGCAAUUUUUUUUUUUUUUUUACGUUUUACCCACUGUCAUUUUAGUAUGUUUUUUUCGAGUACAAUUUAUUAUGGUUAUCGUAACGAUAUAUAUUUAGUUGACGUAUCCUAAGCGUACCUAUACAUUCUUUGAAUUGACCUUCGAGAAAGGUUAGUGAUACUGAUUAUUGUGGGCGAGAUUGAGUUUAUGAAGCUCGGUGGGUUUUAAGAGUUAUUUUAAAAUGUGAGAAAUAUCCCUUUUUAGGAAUUAUGUAGAUUUGUGAUUUCUCUUAAAUUGCUAGCUUAGAACUUGUAGUCGUUAAGCUAGUUUCGAUUUUUGUCAUAUUUAUUUCCCGCAGUUGUUUUCGGUCACAAUUUGUAUAUUUUACUCUUGAAUUUUAUCAGUGCGUAGAUGGGUAUUGAAGGCGAGCUUCUUUUGCUUAUGACAUUAGUAUACAAUCGUUGAUCGUCAUGUACAUUAAAUAAUAUAAUUUAAGUACUACGUUCAUUACGAUGUUUCGAUUCCCUUGUGCGGAGAUACUACCACAGAUUUUCAUAAUUGUUUCUAGAAUACUUUGUAGAAAUUCAUAAAUUAGGAAGAGGUACUAAUUCGGUUUCGUGCAGAACUUUAUAUGAUUAUCUUCGAGCAACACGUUUGCACUCUCGGCAGAAUAGAUAAAAGAACAAUAUUUAAUUUCUACUGUAAAAUUCUUAUAAAAUAUAGGAGAUUUUUUAUGUUUUAUAACUAGAUAGAAACUAACACUCCACAAGUUAUACUUCACUAUGAUAACAUAUUCCUAUUUUAUUAGCACUAAAAUUAAAUUACCUAACCUGAGUAACUUAAAUCUUUAUAAAAAGUUGUUAAAAAGGUAUUUAAAAUAGCUAUUGCAAGUUGCAUUACAAAAUGGCUUGUUUGUAGUUUUUCGAAGCGUCCAUCUAAAAUCCUGUUUUAAAAUGAAUUUUAGAAAACAAAAUAAAUCUGGAUAUACAGGUACCAUACAAUAUAUUAAUAAAAAAAAAACAUUUUGGAAAUUAACAAAUUCAGAUUGUUUAUGUGUAACUGGGAGAUUGUAUGUCAUUAAAAUAUAAAAUUUCUGUUAAAUUGUUAUGAUACGGUAAUCGAGUUGUCUGCCAAUCGGAUAAAAUUGUAAACCAAUAAUGUCAAAACGGAAGUUUAAUAUGUCGGAUUAUCUUUUCAAACAGCAUCAAUAUUUAUUAAUUACAUGAGGCAGUAAUUGAUGUUUCAUACGUUAAUACGAGGAAGUGUGGAAACAUAUUGGUAUAUCACUCGCACGCUCCCACCAAGCGUACCGUGACGUCAUGGCUUGCAUCGUACGUAUUUCUGUCAUCGGUCAAUCAACUGAUUCGAAAAAAAUCUUCAAUAUCGCUGUCGAAUUAAUUGAUCAGGCAUUAUUUAAUAAAAAUAAAUUCUGAGCAGUAUUCAUAAAUAUGGACCUACUCGUAAAUAGAAAAAAAAAUCGCGCGUGUACAUUAAAUUAUGGAAUAUGUGUGCUUAUGCACAUGAAAAGUAAUUCUUCUUCAGCGUUAAUUACAAAUGAAUGACAUCAAAGACUACGAAUAUUUAAUUAAUAACACUAUAAUUUAAUAAAAAUAAGACUCAUUGGUGCACACACGUCAAUAUUAUUAACAAGAAUCUGAAUAUUUUCAAUGUCUAUUGAAGAAUUGAAGUAUUACCGGGCAGCCAUUAUAGCCAAGAAUGUAUGUGUUAUAUCUGCACACCGCCUUGUUUAAUUCGGAUAAGCUCACUCUCCUCUACUGACCUGCUAUUUUUAAAUAAAAGCUUAAAUAUUGCCCUUAUUUGAAACGCCAAUGAUGACAUACGAGUUUCUCAGAAAGUAAUAAUAGUGUUUUUAGUAAUUCAAAUUUUAGUUCCUUGGACACUCGUAUUACUGCGUCACAUUAACCGCGGCCCAAUGGCGUCAAACCAUUUGAGACAAAAACAGUGAUGUCAUCUGACAACGCACCAAAAGCCGUAAAAUUUCAAAAAGGUUUACAUGGUAACCUUUGGUAUUAAGACGCUCGAUUAUCGGUUAUUAACCUCGUUGAGUCAAGUGCAACCUGUACGAAACGAACAGCCUCGUCGGGAACAACUUGUUAAACUUAUGUCGCUCUAGCCUAGAUAUAGUAUAUAUAAGUAAUUCAAAUUGAACGAAGUAUCGCGUAAAGGAUUAAACGUUAAUGGGAAACUGUAGUUGUGUAUGGGUAAUGAGAGCCUCUGAGAUUACUUCGAUUGUUUCGCAUAUAAGACAUUUUUCUUAUUUAUGAUUAAAAUUAACAAAUUAUUAUUAUAAUAGUGUAAUAGUGAAAUAAUACUGCUCUUGAGUUCUUUCAUUCAUUUCUAUUGUGAUGUGGUUUGAGGUUAACACUUUUACAAUAUAAUUCCAUGGUAAAAUAAUUAAUAUAAUUAGGACGCAUUUUAUUGAGCGAUGUUCUGUUCAGUAGCGGUGCCAUUAGAUACGUUUUCGAAAUUUAUGAAUGUAGCAGAAGAAUGUGUUUGUAAUAAAUUCUUCCAUUGAGAUGUUCAGUGAUGUUAUUACCCCUAAAGGAGUAGUUCCAAGUGUAUCAGGCGUAAACAUGAUGUCGAUGAUGCCGUUGUCCCCGUUGACCGAAUGCCGGUUAUCCGGGACAGCGAGAUUUGAAUGAAAUAAAUAAUUGAUCGCGUUGCUAUCAUAUCAUUCAUGUGACACCUUUGAUAAUCCCCUCAUCUGAAGAUUCCGGUUUCCGUCCCUGUGAUGCAAACUUACUUGGGGACUCAAUGACAUCGCUUAAAGCAGAAUUUUUUUUUUGUUGUCAACACUUAUUUCGGAAUUAUAAUUCUUAUUUAUGGAACUAAACAAUCUAUCAUUUUUUAAAUACUACUAUCCUUUGGUAGACUCUGUGGAGGUAAUAACAUCUCAGUUCAUUCCUCAUUAAUUGCUCAGCGACAUAAGGAUCGAACGUCUUCAUUAAAACUAAUAAAUAUUGUAUCAUGUGAAUGCGACGCAUGAUAUAUUCGGUUUAAAUAAUAUUUAUUAAUUAAUAAUAGGUUUAUUAUCAGAAUUUGUAUUCAAUACGUUUUAAUUCUAUAAAGAUAAACACGAUGGUUACUCGUGAGACCAUUCCAUUUUUAGGAUAAAGUGGAAGCCAAAACGACGACUUAUUUUUCUAAACAAUUUUGUUAGAUUGCAAAUUAAAAGUGUAUAGAUAAAAUGUAGAUGUUUAUCAAUAUUGUAAUCAUAAGACAUUCAGAUUUCCAAAGAUCUAAAGCUCAACUCAAUUCUUUUAGCUAAUGUCGCGCCGUCUUGAUAUAAUAUGAACCUACAUUGCGUAUGCAAUAUUAACAUUAACAGUAGAAUCAAAUGUAGUAACUGUAAAAAUAAACGGUCCACGCAGAACUAGCGUCAAAUAGCACGAUUAUUUUUAAGCAUUUUUCCAUUGAUUCACUACAAAGAGAUUUGUAAAAAAAAUAUGUUUAUCUUUAUAUCAUGCAUAGUAAUAAUUACACUGUUAUUUGGAUUGGAUAAGGACGAUAUUUAAAUAUCUGUGGGAAAUUGCUCGACCAUGCUCGCGCAAUUUGAUGCUAAGCCUUCGCUGGCCUAUAGUUUGCAAUGAAAUUAUUUUAUCCGACGUCAUUUAGUAUGUACAUACUUAAUUACCAUAAAAUGUGAUAAGACUUUUUUAUGUUGUAGUAUUUUUUAUAAUUAUUUAAGUACCUACACUAACUUUCAUUUGUAUAAAUUUCUACGAGUUUAAAAAAAAAAAAUGACAAAUGGUGCUGUCUUAAAGCAACACAUUUCCUUCUGUACAUUUGUGAUUCAUGGUAGAUAUAUUUUGUAUAACAUUAUCUAUACAUAAUAUUUGAAUGCGUAUGUCAUAUUUUUAUCCUUUGAGUAUCAUAU